GACUUGUGGUCCAUAGUUCAACACGUGAACUGCGGCUCUGCGGACCUGAUUACGAAUGAGUAAUCUUUUUAAUCAUUGUAUAUAUAUCCGCGCUGCCAAAUAAAAAUUCAUUACUUACCGUUAGCCCCCGUAAGAACAGUGAUAAAAUUUAAAAGUGUUGUGAAUGAACCUGACCGUAAAUAUUUAUUGCAAUUAUUUUUGAUUUAAAGAAGUUAACAUGGCUCCAAAUGCCACAGAUGCUAAUGGGGUUCUGUUUGAGACGGAUGCAGCUACCCCAGACCUGGCCCUACCUCACGCCCCUGUACAGCAAGCGGACAAUUACCCUAAAAAAUAUGUGUGGAGAAAUAUAAUAUUAUUUGCCUAUCUCCACAUUGCUGCACUCUAUGGUGGCUACUUGUUCUUGUUCCAUGCUAAAUGGCAGACAGAUAUAUUUGCUUACAUUCUGUAUGUGAUGUCAGGCUUGGGAAUAACGGCAGGAGCCCAUCGUCUGUGGGCCCACAAGUCCUACAAAGCUAAAUGGCCACUCAGAUUGAUACUUGUCAUCUUUAACACUCUGGCAUUCCAGGACUCUGCAAUCGACUGGUCUCGCGACCACCGAAUGCACCACAAAUACUCGGAAACUGAUGCUGAUCCCCACAACGCGACCCGCGGUUUCUUCUUCUCCCACAUUGGCUGGCUGCUGGUUAGGAAGCACCCUGAACUUAAGAGGAAAGGCAAAGGUCUGGACCUUAGUGACUUAUAUGCUGACCCCAUUUUGAGAUUCCAAAAGAAGUACUACUUGAUCCUGAUGCCCCUCACUUGCUUCGUGUUACCUACGGUCAUCCCCGUGUAUUACUGGGGCGAGACUUGGACCAACGCCUUCUUCGUGGCCGCUCUUUUCCGGUAUGCCUUCAUCCUUAACGUCACCUGGCUGGUCAAUUCUGCUGCUCACAAGUGGGGCGAUAAGCCUUACGAUAGAAACAUCAAGCCUUCGGAAAAUAUUUCCGUCUCCAUGUUCGCGCUCGGAGAAGGCUUCCACAACUACCACCAUACUUUCCCCUGGGACUACAAGACCGCGGAACUUGGCAACAACAUGCUCAAUUUCACGACUAACUUCAUCAAUUUCUUUGCUAAAAUCGGUUGGGCGUACGAUCUGAAAACUGUUUCCGAUGAAAUUGUUAGGAGCCGCGCUAAGAGAACAGGAGAUGGUUCUCACCAUCUAUGGGGCUGGGGUGAUAAGGAUCACUCUCGUGAGGAAAUGGCCGCCGCUAUAAGGAUACACCCGAAAGAUGACUAGAAACAUGUCCAUUAGACAUGGUUGAUUAGAAAAAGCGACUUGCAUAAAUUAAACAUUACAAUACUACGAGAUGAAGUCAAAGUGUUAAACAUUUUACUUCAACAGAGGGCAAAAACUUAAUUAGUAAGCAUUAGAACAAAGGUAAAGUUGCCGACAUUUUUUUUAACAAUAGUGUGACGAAUUUAUUUACAUGUCACGUCUUUACUAAUGUACUUUAUGUCAUAACACUUUUUGUGGCAGUGAUAAGUUAUUUAAGUAGUAUAUUGCAUAAUAUAAAGUAACUUUUUACGACUCGGUUCAAUAAAUAAAGGAUCAAUUAUUAUUCAAUCAAAAUGAUUAUAAGGUGAUGGUAAAUAACUUCCAUUUUUCUUUUGUACAGUUUUUACCAUCGAGCUUGUUGUAAUAUCUAAAGGGUAAUAUGUAAGACUUUAUUUUUCAUGAAAGCGAUAUUUAAUAAUAAAUCUCGUGGGUGAAUCUUCCAUAAUAUCUUUCCAAAAAUAGAUUUUUUGUUUUCUUACAAACUUGCACAUGUUACUACGUUGGUGUAAACAAGGUCAUGAAAAGUGGCAUCAAUCAUUUGGUACUAGAUUGAUGGUGGAAACGUGAAUAAAGAUAGAGGCUGUUUUAGUGCAAGCAAGUUGGCCAUAUCCAUUGCCUAUAUUUUUCUAAGGAAAUUGUCCUAGUUCACUUUUACUUUUUUUUAAGACUGUUUUAAUAUACAGUGUAUAAUUAAUACUAAAUAAGGAUUUAUGUCAAGAGUAAUAUGAUGUUUUGAUAACAAGUACAUAAUUUUUCUAUGUGUUGGAAUAAAAAAGGCGAAAAUGAUAAAGUUUAUAAAACCGUUAACUACUUUAAAUAAUAUGAAAUGGUUAAUGUACAUAGUAAAUACAAAAUAAGCUUUCUAAAUAUUGAUUGUAUGUGUACAACCCUACCUAUGUGUUUGACUUUUUUAAUAUGUACUUGCCUUAGCACAACUUGCAAGUGAGAAAAACUUGAACUCUUGGAACUUGCUCAUAUCUUCCUUUAAGGUCAUCUUUAGUUUUUCUGUAGGUGACCAUCACCAAAGUACUAUUUAAAGUAUCUAUAUAUCUACAAAAUAUGUUAUUUUAUUACGUAAGUAAGAAAACUAUAAGGCUUUUUAUUAUAGGUAUGUUUCUAUAGAACCAGUGGUUGCGUUACGAAGUAGGAACUUAAGUGAUAAAUUAGACGUCUGUCCAAUAUCUAUUUAUAUGUUUUUUUUUUUAAUAUCUAAUUUGUAAUAAGCUAAGCUUACUUAGAAUUCAACCUGUAGUAUGUGAUAAUAUUUUGAACACAUCAGUAUUGUAAACCACAUAUUUGAGCAAAUGUUGCAUGAAAAUUGGGUUAGUGACUAGUCGCGUUGCAUUUUUAUAAGUUUUCAUUUGUGAAACCUUAUAGUGAUUGAGAAUCUUUAUGUAUUUAUGAUUUUAUUUAUUAUAGUAGGUAUAUGUGGUAUAAAAGAUUAAUAAUUGCACAUUGUAUGGGCAUAUGUGUUAAUAAACUAGCAAUAUGAUUGCAUUCACUUGUGCCCUGUGAUGUGUAUUGACUGAUGUGUGCUAAGGUAGACUUGUGAUAUUAAAGUGGGUAUUUGUCUUUAUGAGAAAAAAAAACUAUCAAAUAGUUUUUGCACAAAUAUCUUCUUGAUGCACAGAUAUAAAUAUUAACUUAUAUCGUCAGUUUGAAUACUAUGUUAAAAAUGUAGUUCAAAUGCCUAUGCUGGCGUAUAACUGUUGUUUAGAAAUAUUUAAAAGUAAAUAAAUUGUAUAAAACCAUUAAAUUGUAUUAUUUAUGAACACAAUGAUAGCGCUAACCCAAUAUUUUGUAUAUAUUGUAUUUAGUAAUCUUCGAUUAAUAUUCUGACAGUGG